UUCUUGCGAGGCUCCAAAUAUAUGCGAGAUAUACAUGUACAUGCAAAUUAAGCGCCUGCGUAUACUGUGAUUAAAUGACCUUUCGACCAGAGUACACAUAGACUCCAAUGCCAGUACCUCUGUGCGGAUAGCUUAUUUUCCUAUGUAUGGAAGCCACUUACCUCCACCGGCGGCUUGUUGCUGUAGUUCCUGGAUUUAAAAUGCAUAGUUUGAAACGGAGGAAACGGAGAUUACUUUUUAUCAUAAGUUGUAUGCUGUCAUGCGUUUAUUUAUUCCGUACACUGUGCUGUAAAUACGACGAUCCUACACGAAGAAUAUAUCAAGGACGACCUACGAGUUCCUCACCCAGCAUUGUCAGGAAAGAGAGGUUGUCAACAGCUCCAAGAAUAACAACGAUAUCGUCGGGAAAUGGCACCGAGAAUUACAGGCCCUCGGAAAGCCUUUCAGUCAGAACUGACACCAUGCGCUCAUUUCAAAAGAAAUACACGUCGCCCUACAAGGUCCAACAAUUAACAGCAGCAAUGAGGAAACUCAACAAAGCGCAACGAAAUCCCUGGUCAUAUGACCAGCACCAACUCGACACAUUUAGACGCGACCUAUUCUUAGCUUUGAAGUUGGAAAGUGGGGCACAUCCUUUCCACUUGACCAAGAGAAACACGCCUGUUGGGAGCACAUUGCCUUUCUACCAGGCAGGCAAGGAGCAGAGGGUUACAAAAUCACUAUGGAGUAGUCUGCCAGAGGAUUCGAUCGUUCGGUCCGAUACGCGCUUCCCAACCUGUUCAGUGGUAGGAUCCAGCGGGAUUCUACUGGGAUCGCGCUGUGGAGAGGAGAUCGACCGAUCAGAAUUUGUCAUUAGGUUCAACUUGGCCACAGUGCGUGGAUUCGAGGCAGAUGUCGGCCACAAGACGAAUCUUACCACGCUGAACCCAACUUACGUGCGAAACAGGUUUGGUUCCCUUAAGACUGAACAAAACAUCUCGGCCUUUAAGGCGUCGCUGGAACAGUUCCACGGAAGCCUGCUUUGGCUCCCGGCCUUCGGAGUGCGUGGAUUCCAGGUCCCUCUCCUGAAAGUGGCCAGCAUACUAGCCAAGGGCGAUGUAAUGACACCCGUCUACGGCAAUCCAAGGCACUUCCUCGCCGUCAAGUCACUAUGGAGACCACUUCUUAAAAGAAAGAAAUUACCAACCACUGGGUUGUACAUGUUGACUGCGGCGUUUGAGUUUUGUGACCACAUCAAGCUGUUCGGCGCCUGGCCUUUUGAGAAAUCCCUGAGGAACCAGACUGUAUCUUACCACUACCACGACAACCUGGCCAUAUCGAGACAUCACAGUUUCCAUGCCGAGUUCUUGCAGAUACUGAAAUUACACCACUUGGGCAUCAUCAAGUUACAAUAUUCAGAGUGCCUAUAGAAGAUUUGUUUGCUUGAAAAGGCAAGACUGCUGUCGUAAAUUCCUCAAGUGCGAUAAUAAACAUUUUGUUCACUGCUAAUUUCGUAGUCAAGGAAUGUUGUUAAGCAAUGUUCAGGGGGUACACCGAUAUAUCUGCAACGUUACGAACUGAAACAAAGCGGUAGGCCUAUGUAUUGUGUGUGCUUCGAGUAGAGUGCAUUUCUAUAAUUUUAAGUUAAGUUUAAGUGCAUGAACCAGCAAGUGUAGGUCUACUUUGGACUUUUUGUUUUCACGAAAUGAAACUUUUCAUAAUUUCUCAAGUUUGAAAGUUUUUAUGGAUUGAGGAAAUUUCUUCAAGCCUUUUAUGGUAUUUUUCUCUGAUUUAUAUAUCCACAAAAUGCUUGUGCAGUGUUCGUAAAAACUAAUGCUUGCGUACUUCACUGUGCGCAGUGCGCGCGCAUACUUUUGCGUCAGUUCGUGAAGCCUUUUUAAGAAGGGGCUGUCCAUAUGCGUACGCACGAAAUGUUGACUUUUUAGACCCCCUCCCCGUACGCAAACGCAUUUCACAUAUCUUUUGACUUCUCUGUACCUUGCUUUAGCAUCAUUAAAUGUCAUUGUACGUCUACUGUAGCACUCAAUUUUAUUCGGACGUCGCUUCCAAAUUCUGACAUAAAUGACCAAACGGCCCUGGAAAAUAUUUACUCAGUAGCUAACCAAAAAAAGUUGAAUAAAAACAGAAAAAUAACCCUGGUGCCUUUUCUUCUUAUAAACGUAGUUACUUUUUGCACUAUGAUUAUUUGUAUGAGAAAGUGUAUUAAAGGCAAAUUUUCAGUUUGCGUACGGUACGCGCUGGUUGGUGAACACAACGACACCACCCCCCCCUCGUGCUUACAUACUUUAUGCACGGCCCCGAAAGGUACCAACAAGCACUUUUGUACUGUCAGUUCGUGCAGACGGUGCGCUGUAAAAAAAUACAAUUUUUGAGUAGUGAGGAUGACAGGGUUUUAUGGCAAUAUCCAUUCAAUCAUUUUUUACAUAAUGAACGCUGAACGGAAGUCGGUAACAGGAGAAGCUUGCCAAAACGGUGCUGAAAGCGAAGCUCAGUCUCAGAAAAGUUAAAAAGGAAUAACGAAAUGCACUUAGUUUUAAGCAACAAUUUAUUUUUAGUCCUACAAAAUGGUGACUGGGAAUUAAAGAAGUAUCAGCUCA